AUGCGAUACUUAAAAUUCUACAAUCACCGAUUUAUGCAUCUGCAAUCUUCCGUUUUCGGUUCGCUCGUCGGAUCGUCGUGCGUGUUCUUCCUCAUAGAGCUGUAUACCACCGCCGUCUUCGUGUACGUCGGAGCUGACGCGGCAAUCCCCAGCAUGGGCCUCCUCACCGCCCUCUUCACCGUCGUCUCUGUUCAACCUAUGCAGUCCUCGCUCCCGGAUUCGUUCAUGAAGACGGUGGUGUUCCAGACCAUCUGGUCGUAUAUUCUAUUGGUGCUCUGGCUCAUUACCGCCGCGUCGCAACACAGCCUGUGGACGACCCUGGCCCCGGGCGGAUGCGAUACCUUGCCUGACGGAUUCACCGUCCAUCUGCACAACGCGUGCGACCGCAUCGGAUUUCUCCAGCUGGUCGCCUACCUGAACUCCAUUUUCCUUGUGGUUUAUAUUAUUCCUCUAUCCAUGCUCACGGUGAAGACCCUCGACGCGCGACACCCCAACGUGUGGAUGGCAUCGACGUGGGAGCUUCCCCACCCCGAUUGUCCAUGCAGACAACUCAAAUCUCAAUGGCCCCCAUGGUGUGCAUACUGCGCCAACAGCCCCGAUACCGCCUCCCGCCUGUGA